AUGAGUGUUUACAAUAAUAAUAAUCAAGACGUCAAGCCGAUCUUGCCGGCUUUAAAUGGUCAGCCCCAGUCCGUCCCCCAGGACAUAAAUCUCCCCUACCAAAUGCCCAUACAAAGCAAAUCACCUGGUAAUUACCCAAUGGGGUCAUAUUCCAUGCAAAAUGCUUCCUAUGUUAAUACGUACCUGCAGCCACAGCAGCAACCAUUACCACCAUUACAUUUCUACAGCACCAAAAACUAUGUGGUGGAUAAUACGACUGGUUCCAACCCACCCAUCAAUACUCAGAGUCACCCGCACGUGCACCACCAGCCUUAUCCAGUGUUACACUAUCCAAGUGUUAGCCCUGUCCAGACCUCCAGCAUGCCCCAGUAUAAUUAUUACUCGGGCCCGGUGAAAGCCCAGUCAAGUGAUUCUGAGCAUGAAGGCUCUGGUACUGGAACUGAUAAGUUUGCCAUCGACUACCUGUCUAUCAUCAACUACACAAACUCGCCGUCACUCAAGCGCAAGCGUCGACAGCACACGUACGAACAAGAAGGGUCUACUCUUCCAAAAUUGCCAUGCUCCGUUUGCGGAAAGGUGUUUAACAAACCGUACAAUUUAAAAUCCCAUAUGCGGUCCCACUCGACCGACAAACCGUAUGGAUGUACUGUAUGUGGCAAGAAGUUUGCCAGAAGUCAUGACAAGAAGCGUCACGAGUUAUUGCAUAAGGGGGAGAAGAGCUUCAAAUGUGACGGGUUUUUAAAGGAUGGAAAAACUCGUUGGGGGUGUGGCAAGAAGUUUGCCCGGUCAGACGCGUUGUCCCGUCAUUUCAGAACCGAGACUGGAUGGUUAUGUAUCAAGCCGCUAAUGGACGAAGCAAAGCACCUUGAGCUGAAAGACUUGAUCAACAAUCUUACUCGUGGUUAG